UGGUACCGCAACUCGGUGGUGCGGUUCCGUCGCACGGUGCGGGACGACUUUGAGCGGGCCUACGAGCACAACGCCCUGACACGCACGCUCGAGAGCGUCGGGUGGCUCAACGAGUUCACAACGCGGUUCUGGCUCAUGUUCGAGCCAUCACUGAGCCGUAUGGUCAUUGAUAUUGCCGACCCAAUCCUGGAACAGAACACGCCUGGAUUCCUGGACUCGCUCAAGCUGACGACGUUCACGCUGGGCACCAAGGCGCCGCGCAUUGAUGGUGUGCGUACAUACAGCGAGCUGGAGGAUCGCAAUGUCAUUGUGAUGGACUGGCAGGUGUCGUUCACGCCCAACGACCUCGAGGACGUGCCGGCAGUUCUGCGCGAGAACAAGGUCAACCCCAAGGUGGUGCUGACGGUGCGCGUGGGCAAGGGCUUUGUGGGCGCCGGCAUGCCGAUCAUGGUUGAGGACAUGGUGUUCAAGGGCAAGAUGCAGGUCAAGCUGCAGCUCGGCCCGGUGUUCCCACACGUGCGCACGGCGCAAGUGUGCUUCCUGGAGCGGCCCACCAUUGACUUUGUGCUCAAGCCUGUGGGCGGUGACACCUUUGGCGUGGACAUCGCGCACGUGCCGGGCCUGCGCACGUUCAUCCUCGACACAAUCCACUCGAUUGUGGGGCCGAUGUUCUACGCGCCCAACCACUUCACAGUGGAUGUCGAGCAGCUGAUCAGCGGCGCUGUGGCCAAGAUCCCGGCGGCUAAGGGUGUGCUGAUUAUCAACAUGCACAGCGCGCGCGGACUGCCCAAGAUGGACACGUUUGGCAAGGCUGACCCGUACGUCAAGGUCUCCACUGCCAAGCAUCCCGAAGUGUCGCAGCGCACGCGCAUGAUCGAGAAGACACUGGCGCCGACAUGGAACGAAACCCUGAUGCUGAUGAUUUACAGCAAGACUGACACCAUCCAGUUCGAGGUGUUCGACUGGAAUGCCGUCGGUAAGGACGAGAAGAUCGGCCUGAUUACGUACCCGAUGAUCAAGCUGCUCGAACAGCCUGAGCUUGAGGGCGCUACACUGCCGAUCAUGAUGGGCAGUACCGAGCGCGGCCAGCUCACAUUCGACAUGUCAUAUUUCCCUGUGGCCACACGUACCACGCAGGCUGCCACGGUUGAUGCGGACGGUAAUCCACUGGACCCGUCUGCCGAGGCUGCUGGCUCGGUGCGCGUUCGCAUCGCAUCUGCCAGCAACCUUCCUGCUGCUGACAAGUCGGGCACGUCCGACCCGUACGUUGUGGCGACUAUUAACGACAUCAAGGUGUGGAAGAGCGAGGCCAUCAAAAAGACCCUGAACCCGCGGUGGAACCAGCAGACUGAGGUCGACAUCCGCAUGCGCUCCAAGACAGUCCUGACGCUCGAGGUGUUUGACUGGAACCAGAUCCAGUCGCACACGCUCCUGGGUGCUGUCACAAUUCCACUGGCAGAGCUA